CUCUCGUCCCCUGAGGGCUACAAGGGCGCGCAGAUCGGCGCGCGGGCAGUCGCGGCUGCUGCGCGGCCGUUGCUCAACGCGCAAGCCGAGUCGGGGUUCCCUGGCGUUGGAGAGGAGUCAUUGGAGGCUCUCCUGAUUAGCAAGGGGAAGGCGUUGCCAGCAGACGCCUCCGCGGCCGACCACCGCAAGACGGACUUGGUUCUGGCUGCGAUUUCGGCGAUCAAGCCAGACUUGACCGACAAGGAGGCGUCUGAAUGCCUGUGUCGGGGGUUCUUGCAAGAGCUGCCCGACGCGUGCGUUGACCUCUACGUCCCGCCCGACACGCUCGGAGAGGUGCUCGUGCCAGGGGAAGCUCAAGCCGUGGAGAAGUACGCCGUGCAGGUGGCGGCGGUGCACGCGGAGAGGGAGCACAUCGUGGCCACCCGCGACAAGCGCGUGCAGAAGUACUUCAGGAGGGCCCCCGCACCGGCGCACAGCCAGACGCAGAGAAAAGGCCCGCGGUGGCUGCCCGAGAAGGACGCCAAGAGCACCGAGCAGAUCACGAAGUGGAUGCUGAAGUGGGUCCCUCGGGGGGGAUCCAUUGACGUGGACGACUAUAAUGGCCGUUGGCGUGCGCUGUGCCCGCCGACGAACCAAUGGAAGUCUGUGUCGUGGACGAAGCGGGGCUACGAGUGCGCAGCCUGCGAGGCGAUUUGGUGGACGUGGACGUUCCAUUACGAUUUCACCAAGGAGGCCGCUCCAUUUGACAUGGAAGAACUGGCCAAACGCUUCCGCGAGGCGGAGCUUCCGUGA